UUAUAUAAUAUGCUGUCAAGUUCUCGGUGUUUCUGAUUAACAAAAAUUUCUUCCUAUUUUAUUACAGGGCUGAUAGAAAUGAAGAUGGGAGGAUCACCAAAGAAGAAAUCAAAGAACUUUUAAUGCUAAGCGCAUCAGCAAACAAGUUAUCAAAACUCAAGGAACAAGCAGAAGAGUACGCAUCUCUGAUCAUGGAAGAACUUGAUCCAGAGAAUUUUGGAUACAUCGAGUUAUGGCAACUCGAGACACUCUUACUCCAAAGAGAUACCACUACAAGAAAACAGCAUUUUGGCGAGGAAAGUUAACGAGGAAAUAUAAUCCUCGUAAAUGUACGAGGAACUUACGAGGAAUUUACAACGAAAGAAAUAAACCUCGUUAUUUUCUCGUAAACUAACGAAGAUAACAUUUCGUCGUAAAGCCCACGUAACUUUACGUGGUCUUUACGAGGAAAUACAUUUUCCUCGUCAAAACCACGUAAAGCUUGCAUUAUCUUUACGAGGAAAACUGGAAAUAUAAUUUCCUCGUUAAAUCAACGUAAAUUUACGUCACCUUUACGAGGAAAUGAUAUACGUGAACUUAACGAAGAAUUUUAAAGCACGUUUUUUUUUGCUACCUACCUUUUCCUCGCAAAUUCAUCGCAAAACUUCAACUACCAGAUUCGAAAAUUUUCUAUAAAUAUGGAAGUUUCAACAUCAUUUUAAACACACCAACAAGAAAAAAAAAGAAAAACGUGAAAGGAAAAAAAUGUCAGGCUCUGGGAAUGUCUACGAGUUGCGGAGGUGGAUGUAUAUGCAUAGAGAUGCUAACGGGAGAGUGACGAAAGAAUACAUUGCGGGACUGGAGACAUUUAUGCAUCAAGCAGAUUCCACACCGCUCGCCCUAGAAAGCGGUAAGAUGUUCUGUCCAUGUCGGAAAUGCAACAAUUCGAAAUUGGCAAAUCGUGAAAAUGUUUGGAAGCAUUUAAUAAAUAGAGGUUUCACGCCAAAUUACUAUAUCUGGUUUCAACAUGGAGAAGGUUAUAAUAAUUAUGAUCAGAAUGAAGCUAGUAGUAGUAAUAGCAAUUUUCAGGAAGAACCGGUUGCUCUUCAUUUGCAUAAUGAACCUAGUUACCAUCAGGAGGAGCAGAUGGUAGAUUUUGAUAGGGUUCAUGAUAUGGUAACUGAUGCAUUUGUAGCUCAUGAUGAAGAUGAAGAACCUAACAUAGAUGCAAAAAAGUUUUAUGAAAUGUUAAAUGCGGCGAAUCAACCACUUUACAGUGGUUGUAGAGAAGGUCUCUCUAAAUUGUCGUUGGCUGCUAGAAUGAUGAAUAUUAAAACUGAUCACAAUCUACCGGAAAGUUGCAUGAAUGAAUGGGCAGACUUGUUCAAAGAGUAUUUGCCGGAAGACAAUGUGUCUGCUGAUUCUUAUUAUGAGAUUCAGAAACUGGUGUAUAGUCUUGGGUUGCCUUCGGAGAUGAUAGAUGUUUGCAUCGACAACUGCAUGAUCUACUGGGGAAAUGAUGAGAAGUUAGAAGAAUGUCGAUUCUGCAAGAAGCCACGAUUCAAGCCGCAAGGACGGGGACGUAAUAGGGUACCGUACCAAAGGAUGUGGUACCUACCAAUUACAGACAGAUUGAAAAGAUUGUACCAAUCAGAGCAGACUGCUGGAAAGAUGAGAUGGCAUGCCGAGCAUACUCAGACGGAUGGUGAGAUGACACAUCCAUCAGAUGCAAGAGCCUGGAAACAUUUUAACAAAGUAUAUCCGGAAUUCGCUAGCAAUAUCCGGAAUGUGUAUCUCGGAUUAUGCACAGAUGGAUUUAGUCCAUUCGGAAUGUCAGGGAGACAAUAUUCAUUGUGGCCAGUCUUUCUUACGCCAUACAACCUGCCACCGGAGAUGUGCAUGCAACGGGAGUUGCUAUUCUUGACCAUAUUAAUACCUGGUCCGAAACAUCCUAAAAGGUCGCUGGAUGUUUUCCUGCAACCACUGAUAAAAGAGUUGAAGGAUUUGUGGUCAACAGGGGAGAGGACGUAUGACUGCUCAACGAAGACGAAUUUCACGAUGCGAGCGAUGCUUUUGUGGACCAUAAGUGACUUUCCUGCCUAUGGGAUGUUGUCGGGAUGGACUACACAUGGGAGAUUAGCUUGUCCAUAUUGUAAUGGAGCGACAGAUGCGUUUCAACUGAAGAAUGGGAGGAAGACAAGUUGGUUCGAUUGUCAUCGUAGAUUUCUUCCCAUUGGCCAUCCGUACCGAAGAAACAAGACAUUGUUUAGGCACAAAAGGGUUGUGAGAGACACUCCUCCUCCAUAUUUAACUGGAGAAGAAACUGAAAAGCAACUCGAUUACUAUGGAGUUUUGGAAACAGUUCCUCGUGGUGGUAAUUGGCAUGUUCCCCCUAAUAUGCCUGAUUCUUACGGUGUUCAUCACAACUGGCACAAGAAGAGUAUAUUUUGGGAGUUGCCAUAUUGGAAGAAGAACAAAUUGAUGACAUUCUUGGGAACCACCAUUGCAAGAAGAACAGAUAAAUGAAGUCGAGGAACCUGAACAACAAAUUGAUGACAUUCUUCUCAUUGAUCCGCAUAAUCAUGAGUAUGAAGAUCUUACCGACGAUGGCACAGAUGAAGCUGUUGAAGACGAGUUUAAUGAAAAUGAUGAUGUUUCUAGUGAUGACGAAAAUGUAUCUGAUUGAUGUAUUUGUGUUUUAAUAUGAUUGAUUUUCAGACUUAAUGCAUGUGAUUCGAUUAUAAAAAAAAAUAUUGAGUUUGAGGUUUUGAAUGAAAAAUAAAGGAUUGAGGUUUGGGAUUGGAAUAUGAAGAGUAGAAGAUAGGAAAGAUGGUGUUUGUGGUUUGGGGUUUUUGAUUUUA